GUGUGAAGAGAGGCUGUAUUUAGCCAUCCUCGCUCCCUCCCCCUUAUCGACGGCGGCCUCGUGUCUGUCCUGCUCUGCACUUCUGACUGCCCGCCUCGCCCCGUACGGCGCCUUUGUCUUUCCUUUCACCAGACCUGGCGUCGUUGACUGCCGUCCGUCUCCUUCGGCAGCUGGCUGGCUUCAACCGUGAAUUGAGAUCCAUCGUCUCUCACGCCUCAGUACCCGUUCCUUUCGUUCGACACUCUUUCUCCGGCCAACUCUAUUGAGUAGAGCACACAAUACGGCACUUGCACUGCCUCGCCAUUGUCCAUAAGAAACACGCCGCCAUCUGCCCGAGCAGUUGAAUCUCUCAUUCCUGUUGCCUUUCUCGAAAAGCCUCCUUCCUUCAUAACUUCCUUCCUUCUCGUCUUACACCGCUGCCGGCCGGACCUUCCCAAUUUUCGUCGUGAAUUUACCAUCAAGUCGCUCCUUCCUUGAUUUGAACAGCACGUCCGUUCAUCUCUCUCUCUCGUUCUGACGACGACGUCUGCUUCGUUGCGCUCUUCAGUCUUUUGACGACCCUUCAUUUGACUUGAAUUGGACUUUUUUUUUUUGACGGGCUAGCCCCUUCACACCACUGCUUGACGCAGACGGCCACCUUCAUUCAUCUACCUCAUUGCUGUAGUGACCGGCUCACUCAGCGAUUCACGGGCAGGCAUUUUCGACUUCGUCACUGACAAACCUUCUCAUUCUUCCUCCCAGAGGACAUUGACUCGAGGCUCGACUUCCAAGGAAAAUUAGACAACUUCGUCACAUCAUCAUCAUGCGUUUCUCCACGACUCACCUCGCCGCUGGCGCGCUGCUUGCUUCAGCUGACGCCGCCCAGACCCGAUUCUCGUACAAUCUCCAGGUCUCCUUCGACCAAUCCAACUUCUUCAACUCGUUCGACUUCCACAAUGGACCGGAUCCCACGCGCGGCUUCGUCGAGUACGUCGACCAGGCCACCGCGCAACAAGCCGGUCUCAUUCGGGCCGGCCAGGGUAACGGCAGCGUUUACAUGGGCGUCGACCACACCAGUGUCAACCCAGCCAAUGGCCGCAAGUCGGUGCGUAUCACGUCGAAGCAGUCCUUCACCAAGGGUCUCUUCAUUGCCGACAUCGCCCACAUGCCCGGCUCCAUCUGCGGCGUCUGGCCUGCCUAUUGGAUGUUUGGCCCCGACUGGCCGUCUUCUGGGGAAAUCGACAUCAUCGAGGGUGUCAACACCCAAACGCAAAACGCCGUGACGCUCCACACGUCUCCUGGCUGCGUCAUGUCCAACGUCGGCACCCUCGCCUCGACGCUGCUUGAGUCGGGUAACUGUGGCUCAGGCACCGCCAGCGGCGGCUGCCAACAAAGGACAACCGACAAUCAGAAUUACGGAGACGGCUUCAACGACAUCAAGGGUGGCGUUUAUGCCACUGAGUGGACGUCAGAUCACAUCGCCGUUUGGUUCUUCCCCCGCGGCCGCAUUCCCCAGGACAUCACAUCGGGCCAACCCAACCCUGACUCCUGGAGCCACCCCUUGGCCCGCUUCGCCGGCGGCCUGGGCUGCAACAUUGACUCUCACUUCACCAAGAACAACAUCGUCUUCGACACCACCUUCUGCGGCGACUGGGCCGGACACCCCCAGGUAUGGGGGGCCAACGCCGAGUGCACCGCCAAGUCGUACUCGUGCAAAGACUAUGUGUCCAACAACCCGGCCGACUUCAAGGACGCCUUCUGGGAGGUCAAUUCGGUCAAGGUCUACCAGCUGGGCGCGUCGCGCGGCAACCCGGGCCAGGGCAAUACGACGACCCGGGCAACGCCGACGGCAACCAUACCUGUCCCAAGCUCAACCAUACUUGUACCCAGCUCCAGCCUGGUUGUGUCUACCCCGACGCCAUAUAUUCCGGCCGCGUCUCGAGCUGUUUCGACCCGACGGAAGCAGUCCCCGCCAGUCCCGAGCUCGAACGCACCUGCCCCAACCUACGCUCUGGAGCAAGUCCCAACAACCAACGAAUACGUCGCCAAGGUCACCGUCACCAAAUAUGCAACUCAAUGGGUGCCAAACCCGCCUGAGAAAACACCCUCGAGCGAAGUCGCUCCCCCAAGCCAUGUUGCAUCAACGCCUCCCCACGGGGCUAACCUUGGCGGCUUCAACGCGGAGGGCAUCUAUGUUGCAAAGCCCUGGACGGCUUAACAGGGCUGCCUUCAGUCGAAAAUCGCCAAAUCACAGUUGAUUUUGACUGUGUUCUCGGCUUUGUAGCACGCCCCGUAUGUGCUUGAUGGUAAAGGCGGCUGUGGUCCGCAAGAGAUACCCAGUGGAGGACUUCUACCGUGGCAUUCCCUUUGGCAUGCUCGACAACGUUUUAGAGAGGUUUAUGAAGCACGAGAGUGCAGGAUACAGGGCGUUUAGUCUCAGCUUGUUGGUCAUUUUUCGUUUCUUUGCCCCCAGGGGCCGACGAUUUUAUGCGAACAUAGGGCAUUACGUGAGGUUCGCCUCCAGCCAUGGGUGGCAUACCCUUGUAUAUACAAUGCACUCCAGAACAAAAAAGAUACGUCUGCA